AUGAGUAUGAUUCCAUCAGUUUCGGGCAAGGACUUCAUCGUCGCCACCAAAUACAAGCUGAUCAGGAAAAUUGGUUCUGGAUCGUUCGGUGAUAUCUACGUCAGCAUUAACGUCACAAAUGGCGAAGAAGUGGCUAUCAAGCUUGAGAGCAACCGGGCUCGCCAUCCUCAGUUGUUGUACGAAUCAAAGGUGUACAAGAUUUUGCAAGGAGGCGUCGGCAUUCCUCACAUUCGAUGGUAUGGAACUGAGCGCGAAUACAAUGUUCUUGUCAUGGAUCUUCUUGGGCCAUCUUUGGAAGAUCUUUUCAACUUCUGCAGCCGCCGCUUCACUAUGAAAACUGUGCUGAUGCUGGCAGACCAGAUGAUUGGACGCAUUGAAUACGUUCAUGUGAAAAACUUUAUUCACCGUGAUAUCAAACCAGACAAUUUCUUGAUGGGUAUUGGUCGCCAUUGCAACAAGCUGUUCUUGAUCGAUUUUGGACUUGCAAAGAAAUAUCGUGAUUCGCGCACUCGUACACAUAUCCCUUAUCGAGAAGACAAGAAUUUGACAGGCACUGCACGUUAUGCCUCCAUCAACGCUCAUUUGGGAAUCGAACAAAGCCGACGAGAUGAUAUGGAAUCGCUUGGUUACGUUUUGAUGUAUUUCAAUCGCGGGACCCUUCCAUGGCAAGGACUUAAAGCUGCAACCAAGAAGCAAAAAUACGAAAAGAUUUCUGAGAAGAAAAUGUCGACUCCAGUUGAAAUGCUUUGCAAAGGAUUCCCAGCCGAGUUCCCAAUGUAUUUGAACUAUUGUCGCGGCCUGCGCUUUGAUGAAGCUCCUGAUUACAUGUAUUUGCGUCAGCUCUUCCGCAUUUUGUUCCGAACGCUCAACCAUCAAUAUGAUUACACAUUCGAUUGGACGAUGCUCAAGCAAAAGGCUUCUCAAAGUCAAUCUGGUCUUGUGGCUGGUGCUGGUCAAAGCGGUCAACAGGCAAGCGGAGCCACCCCUGCUACUCAACUUCCUCCAGGACCUGCACCCACCGCC